AACAGCAAUAAGACACAUAUUGAUCAGAGCAGAUCCCUUCAGACAGCAAGUACAGAAGAGCACCGUCACACACUGAGGACAUCAUGAAGACUCUGAGCAUCACUGUGGGACUCCUGCUGCUGCUCACUGUUUACUACUGCACCGCCAUCCCUCUUGCAGUGAAUGAAAUAGCACCUGGAUCAUGCUGCUUCCAAUUCUUUACAGGCAGGAUACGGAAGGAGAAUAUUAUCUCCGUCGUCAAGACUCACAGCAGCUGUCACGAGAUGGGAUUUGUGGUCAGUACUGCCAGUGGGAAUGAGGUCUGCGUGAGCCAGCAACAGAACUGGGCACAAAGGGCUUUCAAGCAACAGGAAGUCAUCGAGGAGUAAAGAUAGUCCUCAUGAUCAAACAUCUCCAAAUGCCAAUCAUGAUGAUGCUCUGCCAGAUUUCUUUAUGAUUAUCAAAACAUAUUUUUCCAAAAGGCUUUACACUGUGCACCUUCAUGCAGUUGUACAACUGUUUUACUGAUUUACCCUUAUUUUUCUUUAUUCUCAAUCAUUACAUUUUCAUUCAGCAAAAUCUAUUGAUAUAUGCAUUCAUUAAGCUAAACAAUAAAAAAUCAAUUUGGAUGAAUAUGGUGUUGUAUAUGACUUAUUACAGCUGUGAUCUCUCAAACAUUUGUGACAUAUUGAAAUGUUUUCUAGAAUGACUUUUGGUCUAGGAAGUGUUUAGCUUUUGUUUUUGAUUCCAUCCUGCAAUUACCUUCCUUUAGUCUAAAAGUUAAUGCAAACCAUCAUUAUUUAUAUAAGGGUCACACAACUCCCAGUCAGUCAAUAAGGGUAUGUGCAUAAUUGGUCAAAUAUUAAGAUUAAGGUUAAAAUCAAGAUUAAGAUUAGGAUUUCCUUUAUUAGUCCCACAAUGGGGAAAUUUCAAGGA